AUGCUGGAAUUUACUGCGCUCCCCGCUCCCUUAGUCGUCAAUCCAGAGAACUCAGUCUCUGAGAUGGUCGACGAACCAGGAGGCUUCCCAUGCAGACGGUGUCUAGAAGACGGCCGGCUAGGCGAGGACAUGCUCCUCGUUCCCUAUGAUCCUUUUCUUGCGGGAUCGCCGUACACUGGCUCUGGUCCGAUAUUCGUCCACCGUAAGGAUUGCAUGCGAUAUCAGUGUGAUGGAUCAGUGCCUGACCAGCAGCGCCGCCGCUUGCUAUCUGUACGUGCUUACGACGCGAACCAGAUGAUGACAGGGGCUAUGGUGGUGGAAGGCAAAGACCUGGCAGAAAGGGCGGAGUUGUUAUUUGCGGAUGCGAAAGUUGAUUAUCUUCAUGUUCAUUAUGCAGGCCCAGGGUGUUUUGCGGGGGAGACAGAGAUGGUCCUAUAG